GUCAUGUCUUCAACAAACGAUGGCCGCCCCGCGCCCAAGAAAGCAAAGCCUAGCACGAAGCGCCCGUUACCUCUCCUUCACCAGCUUCCACCUUUGGUGAACAUCAACAAUAACAACAACAACAACCGAAACACUACGGUCAUGUCUUCAACAAACGAUGGCCGCCCCGCGCCCAAGAAAGCCAAAACUAGCACGAAGCGCCCGGUACCUCUCCUUAACCAGAAGGGACUUCUCUACCCUGGUGUUCUUUCCGAAAUUCUCCGCCGCAGGGAACCGGCCGACUGGGAGCCACCCGAAAGCCCUCUUAAGGGUGCCGAGACGACUUUGCCCGGUCAGGGCCUCCCUCUUAACGCCUACUACCAAGGCGCAGACUGGCCUGGCAAGAUCGUCGACCCCGACCCUCCCAAGUCGGCCAAAAAGCCCGCUGUGCCUUCCACUCCCGCCAGCUUCGCUAGAAGAAGCAAGCGCCUACAACAGGCUGCUGACAAUGUGAUAGAGAGCCCUCGGGCGAGAGUACUACACACUCCCGAGCAACGACCUCUUAUUCUCCCUCAGGCAUACCUCGACUCCAUCGUACCUUCUUCCUCGUCACGCCCAUGCCCUGCUGUUAUGCCCGUGCAAAUGCAGCAUAAUUUUCGACAAAGUCAAGAUGUCCACUGUAACAAGCCUGGGAUUCUCUCUCUUCUCUGCCCUCGUUCAUUACUCCCAAAAUCACGGUACAUUGCUGAAUUGUCCAUGGUGAUGCACCCUACUUUCUACUUCUUUGGGGACGAGCGUUCAGAUACCUACAUGCGAGGCCUGCCACUGAACAUAUCAGAUUUCUUGGAACCCUUCUCGCAUUUCGCCAGUUACGAUGACACGGAAACAUACAUCUCAGAGGAUGAACUUUUGAUCAAUUGGGCGACUGGGGAGGUUGGGGACGCGGGUAUUCGAGCGUCUCAGGGGUCAGAUAGCUGUACUUCAGAACCAUACAACCAAGCACGAGAGUUUACGUCUUUGCAAUCGUGUCAAACUGCCCGCGAUUCCAUCAAUGAUUAUGACAUCGUCGUCAGUCGGCGGGUCCAAGCUCCCGCCGAACGGGUAGCUUCCGGCGCCGACGCGUUCUGUCGCGUUCGCUUCCGGAUGACCGGUGACCAGGCUACUCAACUCGAGCACAGUCCUGAGGAACUCGAGAUCCUCGAGAUGAUGCAAGAGUGGUACGACACUGGUCUCUCGGAAUCCAGCACCACCACUGCCCCCUACGACAAAGUCAUCCACCCUACCACCAGCAACACCUCGAUUGCUCCUUUGUUCAACUCUGCAGCUUCGGCUGUUCUGAGAGCCAACAAUCCCAUGCUUGUCGCGCCAAAGCACAUGUCACAACAACGCCCCAAGGCCACCAAGACUGCUAGAGUUAACCCCGCCGAUAAGAUCUCGAAGGCUCAGAGGCGUGUUGCUCGUUCAAUCAAGAGCCACGGCCAGCGCUCGCACAACAUGGCGUUUACAAACUGUCAGAAAGCGCACAUCAAGUGCAGCAUGUCAGAAGACGUCCCCGGAAAAUGCGACGGCUGUGUGAGACGCGGCAAGGCCGACAGUUGCGCCAACAACUUGAGAGGUCUUUAUGGAGCAAACGUCGAGCAGGACGCAGCAUAG